AUGUAUUCUGCAUCCCCCCUCGUGGCUAAAAUCACGUCCCCAGUCGCCUCGGAGGUGGCCGAGCUGCGAGUGUUCGAGGCGACGGAAACGACGUUGACGCUGACCUUCGAGAAGCCGGCCGACGCCUCGUCCUUCCAGUACCGACUGGCCGAAAUGGACGUCCCCGGCUCGUGGGGCCCCGCGGUGUUGGUGUCCGAGUCUGGUCAGCAGCAGUUUAUGAUCGCCGGUCUCAAAGUGUGCACUCGCUACUCCGUUCGAGUGGAGACGCUGAGCGCGACCGCCGCCUCGAGUGGCGUCAUGACAACGGCACAGACAAACACUCGCGCAUCCACUAACGAAAAUUCACACCUUCUCACUUCUACGCGUUCAAGCAACCACGACAACAAAGUUCUAUUCUUCGACGCUUCCACGGUUCAACGAUUCUACGGUUUCGCGGAUCCACAAAUUCGCACUCCUACAAUCUCUCACUUCUACGCUUUCAAGCCUCCACGACACAAAAGUUCUAUUCUUAGACGCUUCCACGGUUCAGCGAUUCUACGCUUUCGCUGA